CUUUCCCUCCAACAUCAAUGAUAACAACAAAUAACAGUUCUGUGCCUUUACGUGCAGCUGAUGCUGCUGUAGGGAGAGUAGAACCUAUUCGAAGUUGGAUAGAGACUGGGGGAAUGCAUUAUGUUCAGGCAGAUGUUCUGCCCAUUGGGGAUGAGGAGGAGGAAGAGGAAGAAGAUGGAGGGGAGGGAAGUGAGGGUGAUAAUGAAGAUAUGGAAACAGCUGGUCCCUUUACAAAUUUACAAGAUUUAAAGACCAGACCUGCUCAUUUGACAGUUUUCUUUACUUAUUUGUUGAAUAAUGCAAAUCCUAGCAGCCUUCUUUUCUAUCUUAUUACGGAUGUCUUUCCUUCUUCCAAUGUUAAAGAUAUGCGUAGAUUUGCUUAUGAAUUAUUCUCUACUUUUCUUAUUCCUGGUGCCCCUUUGCAAUUGCCUAAUAUAUCCCAACAUGAUAUUCAGGCCAUUGACAAGAUUUUAAUAAAAAUGUCUUCAACACCUUCAACCUCUACUCAACAACAAGAUAUUGAACAAUUACGUAAACUCUUUAUACCAACAAGAACAAAAGCUGUCGGGCAAAUUAACGAACAAUUAUCCUUAUUUAGAAGGAAAAAACAUUUAGAUCCCAAUUUUGUCGAGGAAUAUUCACAACUUGAAUCCAUAUCUCGUGCCGAUCAUUCUGCAGAGUUGCGAUUAUCUGAAAGAAUUUUGUUUAGAACUCUUUCUCAUUUAAUGCAUUUGGCUAAUCCUAUUGGCCCUCCUGAAUUUGGAAAUUGCGAAAGGAAAACUUUAGCUUUGAUUAUAUCUGUUGCUACACUUAUAAAAGUUGUUAUGGGACUCCGAACUAAUCAUUCAAAUUGGGAGAAACUUCUGGAUAAGUGCCCUACAUUCUUAAGUCAAUUACCUAAAACUGGAGGAACUUCAAUGUUUAAAAUGUUGGGUAGUGGAGGCGGGACUUCAAUCAAACAAAAAUUACAACUUAAAGAACACCAAGUUUGUAAAACUUUAUUUGUAAAUUAA